GAAGAGAACAAAGAUGGCGUUUCCGAGCACACGAAAACUACAGCAAGGUGAAUGCUAAGUAAAGAUUCUUUAAAUAUAUGUUGAAAAUGUCAAUAACGAUUUGAAAUUAUUAAAUAAAAAGUAUGCUUAAAAUGUGCAAAUUAAAGAAAACUAUUCUUAUGUAAUUCGUCACUGUUAGUUUUCAAGAUUAAUUUAAUAACAAACCUACAUAUUGACUAGUUGUGCUGAAAGAAUCGAAAAAUUAUUGUUUUACACAAGAUAUAUAUGUACAUACAUAUAUGUGCGUACACAUAGGCUGUGGCUAUACAUCGGUACUCUCACUGCAACAAGGAACCCCAACAUACGUAUACAAAUUCAAUUAACAGGAUAUUAGCAUCCAUUGCCAAAUCUCCGUCUUGAAUUGUGGUGCAGAUAUGGCUACCAGUGAUGAUGAGCCAAUGCACUUGUAUGAAGUGUUUCAAAACUGUUUCAAUAAAAUAGCAAACAAACAACCAACGGGCACAGCCGGAUCUGACCGUGGAGGUGGUGGGGGUUACCACUCGCCUUACGGAAACCUUGGAGUGGAAAAUGGCAUGUACCCAAGUGAUUUUAACUCAGUUCACGAUGCCAAUGCGGGAAACAAUCGCUUUCCCAGCACAACAACACAAGUUGAUCAGUAUUUUGAUUCAGCUGUGACGAGUAGCGGCGCUUGGUGUCCAUCCCAAAUGAGCAGUGGUAAUAAUUACAUGGGACAAGGCUCUUAUCAAAAUACUGUUCCAUUGACUUGUCAUACUUUGGACCAGCAAGUGCAUAAUGCAGACGGUUUGUCAAGUGGAACAAGUAUUGGAAUCAAUAUGGGAAGCGAAAGUGGUCAUGCCAUGCAUUGUCCGGUGUCAACUUCUCUUCCGCCGAUGAGUACUUUUAGACCUAAUGCCGGUAGUUUGCCCAGCAUCAGCGGACAAGCACCUGUCCAUCCACCAGCCAUAUUCAACUCACCACAGGCACAGGCACACAAUCAAAGCCAAGUACAAGUACAAGCACAGCAGCAUAGUUCGUUAUCCACGGCUGGACCGCAUGGUCAUCAUUCGCUCAAUCACACUCCACAUUCUCAUGCACAUUCCCAUCACAGUCAGCAAAACAGUCCUGCGGUGCAGAGUGCAGAUACAUUCAGCGGAGUAAAUGCCGGAGUUAAUGUGAAAGUGGCUGGAGCUGGUAAUUCUUCGGCAUCAUCAUUGCGGCAACAAAUGUAUUUACCAGCUAAUGUAGCUGAUCAAAGUAUUAGUAGUUUCGGUUCAAAUCCUUCUACGCCCGUUAAUUCACCACCCCCAUUGACGCAAUCUGUUGGCGAAUCGUCUGUCACUGCUCCAGGUGGGUGGGGCCAUUCAGUGUUAAAUGGUGGCACGAAUCCGAGUUACGUAAACGAUAUGGUUCCAGUAACUAGCUUACAUACAAUGGCCUCUGUAUUUCAAGGAGUACGCAUGGAAGAAAGAUUGGAUGAUGCACUCAACGUACUGCGCAAUCAUUGCGAGCCCGAAACUAUACCAAACGUAAACGUUAACGCAUCGAUUGAAAAUAUAGAUGCAAUGUCUUCAUUUGUUCCCAAUUCCCCUUCGCAUCUUUUAAACGUCACCGCCGCAGGAAGUGGAAGCUCUUCUGUCACCAACACGUCCAAUUCACUUGUUCAUGACGUUCUGUCAAUGGGAGCUGCUGGAUCAUCAGUUCAAUCAGUUGGCGAAGAUGGAUUGGCGCAUUUAAAAACAGAUCGAACAAAACAAUCAAAAAAGCGAAAGGAACACACUGUGACCAACACCAUAGCGGCAGUUUGCACCACCUCGAACCUAACCAGCUUAGAUGUUUCCGAUACAAAGCCAACAAGCUCUAUAGAGUCAUUAAAUGCAACCCAAUUGCAGCAGCUUUCGCAGGGUGGAAAAUCAUCAAAAAGACCACGCCGAUACUGCUCUUCGGCGGAUGAUGAUGAUGAUGCAGAGCCAGCUGUUAAGGCGAUUCGAGAGAAAGAACGUCGUCAGGCCAACAAUGCGCGCGAAAGAAUUCGCAUUCGAGAUAUCAAUGAGGCGUUGAAGGAAUUGGGUCGAAUGUGUAUGACACACCUAAAAUCAGAUAAGCCACAAACUAAGUUGGGAAUUCUUAACAUGGCUGUUGAGGUUAUUAUGACCCUGGAGCAACAGGUUCGCGAGCGAAAUCUGAAUCCCAAGGCAGCAUGUCUUAAGCGGCGCGAGGAGGAGAAGGCCGAGGACGGGCCUAAGCUGAGUGGGCAGCAUCACAUGAUACCGCAGCCACCUGUUGGAGCGUCCGGAAGCAGCUAUCACAGCCAAUCUGCGCAGCUUGUGCCACCGUCAUCACAGACUAUAAGUACCAUGACCAUAUCCCUACCUGUCAACAAUGCUACCAGCGUCUUACCACCCCAUUUACAUCAGCAACAACAACAAUCACAACUCGGACACGGUCAGCUUCCGCAAUAGCAUGCACUUAGAAACCACUCUGAAAUCGCCCCUAUCUUCCAUAAAACCCCAAUGUAUUCAAGACUCUACCAAGUACUCAUCAAACUCGGAACUCGAGCACGAGCAUCAGAUUUAAAAAACAAAUAUUUUGGCGUUGCCCUCCAAAAUGGAAGUCUCAAGCAACAUAGCUCUUUUAAAAUGUACAACACUUUUAACAAACAUCGCUUAAACGAUUGUCAAUAUGAUGACCAGGUUUACUUAUUAAUAUGAUUGUAUUGUAUUGUAUAUAGCUAUUCCACAAUUUUUUACCUGGGAAGAUAUUUUACGUUUCUUAGAUAAUUUGAUUAAUUAAAUUUGUUUUAAUUUUAUAUCUGUACGAUAUUACCUUACCGUAGCCAUGUUUUUUAUACAAUUACAGCAUACAUAACGACAUAAUUAACUGUAAGUAGUUAAAGAAAACUACAAUGUAAACACAUACAUAGGCCUAUUUCUUUUUAUUUCCCAGAGAUACAGGAAUAAAUAUGUCCAUAUUAAUUUUUUUAUUGGGUUUGUGAUUAAAGAACACUUUUGAACGUAAGGGUAAUAAAAAAAAAUACUAUGGAAGUAAUCGUUAAUUAAGAUUAGCUCAUAAUUGUUGUAUUGUAACUUAAGGCUUCAAAGAAAAUUUGUAAUAUGGUUAUCAAUUAUAUAGUUUUCUACUAUAGGAAACUGGAAUUUGCAAAAUA